GGAACUUUGAAAUCUACUUCUUCCCAAACAACAACAUCUUGAAUCCUCUGUAUAUCAAAAUACAAAUGGCUGCCGCACCACAGGAAGGUCAUGUGCCAGGCGCGGGAGGUAUUAUUGUGGACGUAAACGUGGACGUGGACUUGGACACAGAGAGCCCCACCGAGCAGCCUUGGGAAGAUGUAGGCAUAAGCAAUUUAACAAAUCAAUCAGAUUACAUGGCAGUCAGGGUGUUGCGCGCAUUUCGUGCGAACACAGUUCGUCAGAAUAAAUGGCUUAAAGAUAAUCCACACAACUUGACAGGAGAUAAUAUAGAAGUUGAAGCCUGCAUUGCCAGUGGAACAUUUGGGCUAGUCUUCCUCGUCGAGAACAAAGAUACUCGUAGUGAGGGACAGCCCGGGCUCAAAUAUGCUGUCAAAAUUUCCAAACUUCGAUUAGAGUCGGAUGCUAACCUUGACUACCAAAUGGGCUCAGAUCAUAGUCCUACUCUUACACGAACCAGUGAUGCUUCUGUUGUUGAUCCGAAGCAAAUAAAAGCAUUGAGUUUGACCUCCAAGCGUGGAAGGGAAAUAACGACAUUCCUUCAAUACAUCAAAUCGGGGCACCCAAAUGUCAUGAACUUGUCUGGUUGGGCUGAAUUUGACAACUUGGGAAACCCUUUUUCUAUGCUUGUUCUGGAGAUUUGCGAUCUCGGCACUCUUUCAGACAUGGUAAGUGAAUUUCGAGACAGAGACGAAUUCAUACCCGAAGGAUUUAUAUGGCACGUUUUUGAACAAUUGUUUAGCGGCCUUGCAUUUCUCCACGGCGAGCAUCCCCAGUACGUAACAAAACCAGAAUUUGCGGGACGUACACAAACAACUGUCGCUCGUGAUGUUAAAUCAAACAAUAUCUUCAUACAGUCCCUUCCUGCAAAUUCUCCCCCAAAUACAUAUCCGAAUAUCAAAUUGGGAGAUUUUGGCGAGUCUCUACAUCUUCCCAGACGUGGUACUCGCAACUAUAAUUACGGAAAUAGUACUUGUGAUCCACCAGACAACAAGAUGAGUGCAAAAUAUGAUGUGUGGUCCGUAGGCACCCUGAUAUAUAUGAUGGCUAGGAGGGGGUAUUACCCAAACAAAGGGUGCAGCUUGAUAGACUCAUCUGGAAGGGUUAUGAAGUUUCAUCAUGCGAAUUCAGAACAAAAAGAACUCUUACUUGCUGCGCGAAAUAAAGAAUCGAGGUUCGAACCUAUAAAUGAGCAUUUGACUUUACAGUUAGAAACCCAGAUUAGAUGGGCCUUGACACUGAACCGAAAUGAUAGGCCGCGCUCUGUAGAGGUAUAUACCAGAGUGCAAAAGCUCAACAACGAGAGGAAGAGAUUCAUGUAUAGGGAGUUGCCAGAAUGGGCCCCAGUAUUGCAAUUGCAACGACAAUUCAAACCCCUUGAAUUGGUGAAGAGGGAGUGGAUGAUUGAAGAUGCGGAGGAGAGAGACUUUCUAUUUGAAUAUGCAGGAGGACUCACGGUGCGUAGAUUAGAGAAAGAGAGGAACAGGGUGCGGAGAAGUCUUGCAGAGCAGCAAGCGAUGAUUCAGAGAAGGGAAGAUGAGAAACAACGCGAAGUUAACUUGAGAACUGGAGUGCACAGACACGCGGAGCAAGAUCGGGCAAGACGAAGGGUGAUUGAGCAAGAGGAAAUCGACAAGGUUAACAAAGAGAGGGUGGAAUUUGGAGGCUGGUUGCAGUCUGGGUACAAGAGGAGAAGAUUAGAAUAUCACAGAGGCAGGGCCCAUUGGGUUGAUUGAUGGUAGGAACAUGGGGAUGAGGAGAUGCAUAAAUUGUAUAUGUUAAGGAACGCGAGGGAAUGUAGUAACGAGGAGGUUAUAUGAGAACAUUCAGGAUGGCGCGAUUGUAUUUAUUUAGUCUCACUCUGUCAGAUCUAUACGCAGGGAUGUUAUUAUCAAUACUUUAUA